UCGCGGUGCUUCAUGGUGAGGGUCGCCAGUUCGCCAGGAUACAUCAGGCAGCCGCGCUCCUCUCCUCCUCCUCCGGUCAUGGCCGCUCCGGACGCCCCCGGCGAGCCCCUGGUGAUCCGCCUGGGCCUCAUCAACGCCGAGAACAAGUACCUGACCGCCGAGACGUUCGGCUUCAGCAUCAACGCGUCCGCCGCCUCCAUGAAGAAGAAGCAGGUGUGGACGCUGGAGCACGCGGGCGACGCGGACUGCAGCUGCGUGCUGCUGCGCAGCCACCUGGGCCGCUACCUGGCGUGCGACGCGGACGGCGUGGUGACCGCGGAGCGCGAGCGGCCCGAGGCGGACUGCCGCUUCGCGGUGCUCGCGCACGACGACGGCCGCUGGUCGCUGCGCUCCGAGGCCCACGCGCGCUUCUACCUGGGCGGCGCCGAGGACCGCGUGGCGGGCGUGGCGGACCCCGCGGCCAAGUGGAGCGUGCACCUGGCCGUGCACCCGCAGGUCAGCGUGUACAGCGCGGCGCGGAAGCGCUACGCGGGCGUGCGCGCGGGCCAGCUGGCAGCGGACCGCGAUGCGCCGUGGGGCGUGGACGCGCUGCUCACGCUCGUCUACGCCGAGCGCCGCUACCACCUGCAGACGCACGACGGCCGCUUCCUGAGCGCGAGCGGGAAGCUGCUGGACGGACCGCCCGCCGCCGCCAGCACCGGGCUCACGCUCGAGUUCCGCGCGGGCGCCGUGGCCUUUAGAGACGCCGCCGGGGUGUACCUCGCGCCGUCCGGGCCCGCGGGAGCGCUCAAGGCGGGCAAGAGCGCGCGCGCCGGCAAGGACGAGCUGUUCGUGAUGGAGCGGAGCCGCGCGCAGGUCGCGCUCACCGCCAGCAACGGCAGGAACGUGUCCACGCGCCAAGGGGUGGAUCUGUCAGCCAAUCAGGACGAAGAGUCGGAUCAGGAGGUGUUCCAGAUGGAGAUGGAGCGGGAGACAAAGCGCUGUGCGUUUAGGUGCUACAGCGGCAAGUACUGGAGCCUUGCUCCCAGCGGAGCCAUCCAGUGCACUGCAUCUGCCAAAUCAGCCAGCUGCUUCUUUGACCUGGAGUGGAAAGACUCAAAGGUCAGUCUCAAGGCCAGUAACGGCAAAUACCUGACAGCCAAGAAGAACGGUCAGCUGACAGCAUCGGUGGACUCUGCAGGUGAUCAGGAGCAGUUUGUCCUGAAGCUCAUCAACAGGCCGUUGAUCGUGCUGCUUGGGGAGCAUGGCUUCAUCGGCUGCCGUAAGCAAGGCACCGGAACUCUAGACUGCAACCGCUCGUCCUACGACGUCUUCCAGUUAGAGUAUAACAACAAUGCCUACAGCCUGCGGGACUCGAUGGGGAAGUACUGGACAGUGGAGGCGGACGGAACGGUCGUGAGCAGCAGUGGCACUCCAGUCUAUUUCCGCUUUGAGUUCCGCGAUUACAACAAAGUGGCCAUUAAGACCCAGGAGGGCUUUUAUCUGAAGGGAGACCAUGCUGGGGUGCUCAAGGCCAACGCACAGGGCAUCGAAAAGGCCUCUCUGUGGGAGUAUUGAUACACACGCACAAAGAAUCUCAACAUAAACAUCUCUACACACAUACCUAACUAUAAAAUAACGCUUACACGCCUUUCAGUACCACGUUACGUGAACCAUUUUAGAACAUAAGACUUUGAAACUACAAUGGCAGACACAGUACAAGCACACAACAGCAGUUUUUAAUGUGAAUACAAAGCACAAGCAAAUUAGACACAUAAGAUAGAUUCUGAGAAAAAGCACAUAACAUGAUAAAAAUGAAAUAUUACGCUGCAUAUAUAACAUGCUCUAUAGAUAUUUCUAUAUGGACAACAGGAAUGCUUAUAAGGCAAAGAUAGACCCAUCCAUGCUCCGCCCACAAAUGAGCUCUUUCGUAGCUACUGUCGCUAGGUUGGACAAGCUUUACAGGACGUUAACGUGGCUUAACGCUUUUCAUUAAGAUCUAAAGAUUUUACCUCUAUUUUUCUCUAUUCCUUGUUCUCAAUAAACUAACUUUAUUGCUUAACUCGCUUGGGAAAAUAUUGUCUGUAAAUCUCUUAGUAACUCUUGAGUAACUUCAGCUACCAUGCUAAAACAGCUAAAGCCAAUCUACUUUCUGCUUAGUACAUCAAUUAUAUGUUUAUCUUUAAAGCUGCACUAUGUAAGAUUUGGAGAUUUGGAGACACCUCUGGUGGAAAUGUGUAAUUGCAUGCAACAUGUAGCUUUAGACCCCUUCCCCGACGGGAUGAAUCUGACAUUUGCGAGUGCAUUGGAAGAGAAUUCAAGAGAACUCAGUCAAAACUGGCCACUUUUUAGAAAUAUAGAAAUAUUAUUAGAAAAAUAUCUGUAAUAUACAAUAUUACAGCUAGUGGUACAGGUUACAAUGUUUACCUAGCUUGCUAGCAUGCUAAAACAACUAAAGCCUGUCAACCUUCUGCUUAGUAUAUCAAUCAUAUGUUUAUCUUCAAAGCUGCACUAUGAAAGAUUUGGAGAUUUGGAGACCUCUCUGGUGGAAAUGUGUAAUUGCAUGCAACAUGUUGCUUUGGACCCCUUCCCCGAGGGGAUGAAUCUGACAUUUGCGAGUGCAUUGAAAGAGAACUCAGUCAAAACUUCACUCAAAGAAUGUGUCUUCCAAGGAUGUGAGUGAAUGAUCUACUAUUGUCAUCAUAUCUUCAUUAGUAUAAUGUUGAGUUUAAAUAUGAGACCUUAAUUGUUACUAGUUGAGACAUGGCACAAUGAUUUGUGGUGCAACCAAAUUUAGUAAAAGUAUAGUUUGAAACUAGCUACUGUUAACCACUUCGUAAAGAGUUUACGCACAAACUGGUCCAACCCAGUCCAGGUCCUCAAUGGAUCAAUCUACGCACGUUUCACAUUGAAAUCAAGUUUUAUGAAUCAGUACUUUUUUAAUUUUAAUGAUCAUUUCAAGAUCAAAUCCAUGCAAUCUUUUACAAAUGAUCUUUGAGAACAGUGUGACCUUUCACACGUAUACAAAAUAAAAACCAUUAAAAAUUACACACUAAUUACAGGUAUUUAACUGAAACACUGGUGCACUAAUUUCUCAUUGAGGCCACUCCAGUAUACCCACCAGGCAAACUUGAACAAACACAGAUCGUUUUGUUGCGCUAUACCAUUAUGUGCCGUUGUCCGGUUGGUGUGCGGCCUUUUUCUUGAAUGAAAUGAAUGUAAUUUUUGCUCGUCCAAACCUAGCAACAGUAGCUAUGAAAGAGCGCUCAUGUUCAUUUAACAUCAGUUGUCCAUUAGCUACCACCUAGAUUUGCCAAAUCAGUGAACGAACUGAGUUUACAUUGCCUAAAUCUCACUGCCGUCAAUUAUUUUCAAGACGACACGUAUGGCGACCUCUACUGACCCAAAGUUGGGCUCUCAUUCAUCUGGAGAAACCUGGAGAAAUGCUUCAAAGAAUACUUGAUAAUCCCAUUUGCUGCUCACUUCCAUGCAGGCUGUCUGUCUGCGGCGAGACUACGGCUGCCUGAGAUUAAAACUAGUGUAAUUCUUGUAGAUUAACAUAAGCCCUCUGAGCUACCCUACCAAAGGGUUCUGAGCCAUUUGACCUAUAUGUAUUCUGUGCGUACAGUAUCUAUGAUGUACUUCGCAAAAUAUGCUGUACGCCUGGUGCUAACAGUAUGAUACGCUUGCUGUUCUUAAACAUAAACGCUAGUUAAUGGCCUGAUGUGAUCGGCUGCCUUAUCAGUAAUCAUGACAUCAUAACGGCUAUCGCUAUAUAACCGACGUAAGUUAGUCCGUAUAUAUUAAACAGGUGUUAAAGGAGCCAAUUACGUUCCAUUGUGAGGAACAAGCAAUAGAUAUAUGCAACAUUCAAAAGCUUUGCGAAUGCUAAUGGGUUCAUUACGACUUCAUAACUGGAAACAGUGUGCUAACGCUAAAAAGGCUGGCGGUGAGCUCCUUCUCGUCCGCCCUUCAGAGAUAAGAGCCGUGUCCUGAACCAAAAACAUUUUUAGUUGUGAACGGCUGCUCGUCUGCUAAUGAGGUCAUGUUUUAAAUAGCAGCGCAGCAGCAGCUCGGAAAGUUCUGGGAGAAUAUGGCCGUUCACCUGAGAGAGCUCCUCCAACCCACACACAUACAAAUGCACGCAAAUCAUGCACUUCAUUUGUUUAUCAGACAUUUGUGCCGUCUGUGAGCUUCGGUUGCUGCCCCUACUAAGACAACAUAUAUCGCAAUGAAGGAACCAGAGUGUAAUGUAGCGUUUGCUUAAUGGCCGUAUUUCCAUCUGCACAGUUUUGUCUAAAGCUUUACCCCUUCCUGAAUGUAUAGGAGGAAAGGAAGUGACAGGAAAGUGUUUGUGCCUUUUUCCAAGUAGCACAAAAAAAAAAUGCUGUUUCUCAAAAGGCCUCUUGGUGUUUUUCUCUCUCCAUGUACCAUGUGUGAAGUCAAAGACCAAUAAAGUUUAAAGAGUCAAACUCUUCCAAAACAA